GGAAUGCAGCCUCAAGGUUGUGUGGCAGAAGAGAUCGCAGGGAAACCAGGAAUCAGCGCUGUCUGGGGUGAAAGGGCAAAGGGACUAAGGGCGUCAGAAGGGUAGAGGCCGGCUGACUGAGCUUGGUGACUUCUCCAGGCUCCUCCCGGAGCUUCCAUGGAUUUGAUCAGCAGAAGGGUGGUUUUCAAGGCCCUGGUGUUCCUCUGCUUCAUCAGAUCAUCUCAAGGAAGAGAUCAUUUCACCAAACUGAAUCUCCCUACCUUCCUGGAGGCAAGCAGGUUCCCCACAUUUCAGUAUGAGGCAUAUGACUACAUCAUUGUCGGCGGGGGCACUGCUGGAUGCCCACUGGCAGCGACGCUGUCCCAGAAGUACAAGGUACUCCUGCUGGAGAGAGGUGGGUCUCCAUACGGCAACCGCAAUAUCACCUUACUGGAGAACUUCCAUAUUUGCUUGGCCGAUGUUUCGCCAGAAUCACCAUCACAAGGUUUUAUCUCCACCGAUGGUGUGAUCAAUGCCCGUGCAAAGGUGCUGGGUGGUGGAACCUGUAUCAAUGCUGGCUUCUACAGCCGGGCAAAACCAAGUUUCGUGCAGCAGGCAGGCUGGGAUGAAGAGCUAGUCAACCAGUCCUACCCUUGGGUUGAAGAGAGGAUUGUUCAUUGGCCCAAAGUCGCACCUUGGCAAGCUGCACUGCGGGAUGGGCUGCUGGAAGCAGGGGUUUCACCGUACAAUGGAUAUACUUAUGACCAUCUCUAUGGAACCAAGGUUGGGGGCACCAUAUUUGAUGAGACUGGGUACCGGCACACGGCUGCUGACCUCCUUGCUGCCGGAAAUCCUAACAACCUUAGGGUGCUGCUUUAUGCUAGGGUCAACAAAAUAGUUUUCAACACGAAACAAGGGCAUAGGAAGCCAAGGGCUAUUGGAGUUCAAUUCAAAGAUGAGAACGGCAGGCACCACCAAGCCUUCCUCAGAGAAAAAAGGGGUAGUGAGAUAAUUGUUUCUGCCGGUGCAAUUGGCAGCCCACAGCUUUUGAUGCUCAGUGGAAUCGGACCAAGGAAUGAACUUAAGAAGCACAAUAUUUCUGUAACCCUCCGCAAUGAACAUGUCGGUAAAGGAAUGUCAGAUAAUCCAAUGAACUCGAUCUUUGUACCUAUGAAGAACCCGACAAAGCAAUCUCUGAUUGAAACUGUCGGAAUAACUGAUGCUGGUGUGUUUAUUGAAGCCAGCAGUGGAUUCAGCCAGACAGAUGAUAGCAUCCACUGCCAUCAUGGAAUCAUGUCCGCAGAGAUUGGGCAGCUAUCAACAAUUCCACCAAAGAAAAGAAGUUUUGAUGCAAUCCAAAAGUAUGUAGAUAACAAAUAUAGCCUACCCAAAGAAGUAUUUGAUGGAGGUUUCAUUCUUGAGAAGAUCGAUGGCCCCCUGUCUACUGGCAAUUUAGUACUUGUGGACACUGAUGUUGAUAGCAACCCCAGCGUCACCUUCAACUAUUUCCAGCAUCCAAAGGAUCUCAGCCGAUGUGUCUACGGGAUAAAAACCAUCGAGAAAAUACUUAAGACAAACCAUUUUACUAACCUUACUGCCAAUGGUGCUGGAUAUCCAAUGGAAACGCUGCUCAAUAUGAGCGUAUCAGCUAACAUAAACUUGAUACCAAAGCACACGGACGACACCACAUCGUUGGAGCAGUUUUGCAGGGACACAGUAACAACCAUCUGGCAUUACCAUGGUGGAUGCCAUGUAGGCAAGGUGGUUGAUCAACAGUACCGGGUGAUUGGCAUCUCAGGCCUGCGUGUGGUUGAUGGGUCAACCUUAUUUAGAUCACCAGGAACAAACCCACAAGCUACAGUCCUGAUGAUGGGCAGAUACAUGGGGGUGAAGAUUCUAAGGGAAAGAUUAGGACGAGCAGCAGGAGUAUAACAGGUUCAUGAACCUUAUCCACUUCAUCAUGGAAGAAUGUGAAUUAGGAGAUAAGUACAUAGUGAUUUUUGAAGUGAUUCAUCAUGAAUAGUCAAAGAAAGGAAAGUUAGGAGUUCCAUUUCUAAUGAUACUGUCGUGUGGAGGUGUAUGGUCUGUCACAAUUGUGUAUUGGCUCCACAUGUAUACCACUCUUGCUACACUAGAUCUCAACAAUGUUCAUAUGACAAUGUUCUACAUUUUGGACAAUAUAAGACAAUAUCUACACACUGCAGUCAGGGAAAGUUGGGCCCAUCAGAAGCCAUUUUGCAGAGCUGGUGGCAAGUCCGAAUGAGGACAAGAGUUGAACAUUGCAUUUCUAUUCCUCAACCAUUGGACCUAUGAGGCUGUGUGCUCUAUGUGGAUCGCCAUUAUUUUUUUUAAUUAAAAUUGGCUCCUGUACCAGAGGAAAUGCGAAA